UAUCAUUCCAGUUUCGCAAGGCACGCACUUCCUACUCCAGAUACACUCUCUAGUAUAAAAAGGUUUAUGGUUUGGUUAAAAACUAUUCUCUUCCGUAGAACACCUCAGUAAACUUUAAAAUGUUCUCAAAGGUUCUUGUUCUCUUCGUUGCCGUUGCUGCUGCACAAGCUAGUGGCCUCAUCGGGGCCGGAUAUGGAUUGGGAGCCGGUUAUGGAUAUGGAGCCGGAUAUGGAGUGGGAGCAGGCUAUGGAUACGGAGCCGGAUAUGGAUUAGUCGGUGCACCAGCUGUUGUGGGAAAUGCUGUCGUUCCAGCAGUCUCCUCCUCUAAAACCGCCAUCAACCACAUCGCUCCUGCUGGAAUUGCUGCUGCUCCCGUCACCUUGGCUGCUGCCCCUGUUGCUGCUGCUCCACUGGGUCUUGCUGGACACGGAAUAGCCGCCGCUCCUCUUGCUUAUGGAAACGGACUGAUCGGUAACGGUCUUCUUGGUGCCGGUGUAGUAGGCCACGGAAUAGCUGCUGCCCCACUUGCUUAUGGAAACGGCCUAAUUGGUAACGGCCUUCUCGGCUCCGGUGUUGUACGCCAUGGAAUCGCUGCUGCUCCCCUUGCUUACGGCAACGGGCUUGUCGGUGUGGGAGCUGGAAAACUCGCUCUUGCAGGAGGGCUUGCCAAAACAAUCUUGUAAAAAUUUUCUCUCACGUCUGUUUUUGUAAACGUCUUAAGUUAUUAGUUAUGUCAUAAUAAAUUAUUAAUUCCUGUA